AUGGAAAAGAGAUUAUUCCUACUUUGCUUGGCUGGGAGCGCCGCUGCACAGACUUGCAGUGAUAAUGCGGAUCGAUCCGUAUGCUACAAAUUGAAGAACAUGGGUUUAUGCUCUGCCUACGGCAGUGAAUGUAAAUAUACUUGCGGAUUAUGCUAUUCAUCUUCCAGAACAUCUGCAGCUCCAGCAUCUACAAGCAGCAGCGAGCCCUGUGGUUCUUCAGAUAUGCGAAGACUAAAAUGUGAGCAACGGUGUAUAAAAACCAAUGAAAAAGCGCAGUGUGCAUGCCAUACAGGCUUUAAAUUAUCCGGCAGUAAUAGAUGCAUCGACGAGAAUGAAUGUCUCGACUCCACAAAGAUGGCCCAAUGUGAUGAUCUUGAUCUCAAGUGCCAAAACUACUAUGGUGGCUUUUUCUGUGCUAAUAAAGAAUCUUGUGGAUUCGAUGAGAUGAAACGUUAUCAUCGAGAUGGAUGCUGCAAAAUUGACAAUGAUGAGACGUGUGGGCAACAAGGUCUCAUUGGCGCUGGAUCAGGUCGAAUCCUUGGAGGAUCUGAUGCAUCGAGAGGACAAUGGCCAUGGCUCGUCUGGAUUAAAUACGAAAACAACGAUGGACUUGGCCCCCGUCUUUGUGGAGGAUCACUCAUCUCAAACCAAUGGGUACUUACAGCCGCACAUUGCGUGAUUUCUGUAACUAAAGGUGACAGAUUUAAAACUUGCGAUGGCUGUCUCGAAAUGAAUGCCGGUGUGUACAACACCGGUCUUUCAUACAGCGAUGAGAUGCAUCGCGUUCCACUCGUGCCAAAGAAGAUUGUUGUGCAUGAUAAUUAUAAAGGCGAAGGUCUAUUCAACGAUAUUGCUUUGGUCCAAAUCGACCCCGUUGAUAUUGUGAGCAGCGAUUAUGUCAAGCCGAUUUGUCUACCUAAAUUCGAAGAGCCUGUUGCCGGAACAAAAUGCUUCAUCGCGGGCUGGGGUCAAACCCUGAACGACACGCAGUCUGCCGUUCUUCAAGAUGCGCCUAUAACUAUUUCCGAUAUUGAUGCAUGUAAGGCCAAUUACGAUGUGAAAGGACAUCUUCAAUCGAGAGUUCGAGUAGAAGAUCACAUUUGCGGAAAAGAAUCUAACUUGGAUCAAAUAGAGUUCAUCUACAAAGAUGCUUGCCAGGGUGACUCUGGGGGUCCACUUAUGUGUCAGCGUUGCGAGUCUUGUAAUUGGUAUGUCGCCGGUGUCGUCAGUUUUGGCGACGAUUGCGGCAAAUGGGAUGGUGUUUAUACAAAAGUAUCUCGAUACGAAGAUUGGAUAAGAAGAAACAUGCUGCUACCAGUUCUUAAAAAAGAUAAAGUCCAAGGUCUUUCGUGUCACGCUUGCUGCGAGUUCAUUGAAAUAUCAGGAGAUUCUCUCCAGAAAGACCGACAAGGCAUUUACAGAAUUGACUUCGGCAUCGGAAAAGUAGCUAAGCGAAAAGUAUAUAAGCAACUUUAUCAGAAACCAGAAGACACAAACUACCUCUGGUUCUUAUCCAACGAACAGUACAACAUUUGGUUUGUCAACAAGAAGGUUGGAGAACCAAGUGGAGGAAUUUUAAGUGCAGAUCCAGCCGCGUGCCCCGCAAAUUCUCGAAAAAAUCAGUGGAAAAUUUAUGAUGAAAGCAGUGGAAAGGGUUACUGGCGAAGACCAGAGCCUGAAUUUGAAGUUAAAUGUGUCGACAAUCCGUUCGAAUGGUCAACUUGGUCAGCUUGUUCAAAAAUCGCACAGAAGAGUGGUUUAACUACAUCGCUCAGCGAGAAUGAUCCCUGUCUUGGAACGCAAACACGCACGAGAAAUAGUCAGCAAUCUGAACAGGAAGAGGUUCAAUCGCGAUCCUGUCUUCUGAAAGCAAGAGGCUGUUGCUGCAAAGAGUUUUCGAUGAAAGCAAAGAACUCUGCAGAAUCUGCGAUGAUUUGGUCUCGCAUUGAAGAUGACUUCUCCAACAAUGCGCGAUUCAAAGCAAUUGUGGGCGGAAACGAAAUAUUCCUCAUUCAUUCUUCUCGAUUUAGCGGGCCAAAAUGGCUUGUUACCCCAACACUAUCGGGCAACAGCGCGUAUGCUUUCCAGGCAAUAGAAGAAGCGAACAAAUUCUGUCCUUAUCACAAAGAAAUUUAUCGACUUGCUACCAGCGGCAAAUACGUCGAAACGGAGUAUGAAUACAAGUGUACUGAAGGAAAGAUUUCGCAAUUAUAUCUUUAG